AUGGCGAACAUUCCAGGAUACAGCCUGUGUGGUGCAGUUGCCUCCUUAUUAUUUGUGCUGCUCAGCAUGAAGUAUUCAGAUGACUUUAGAGUGAUAGGAACUUCUCCUAUCGUGGCCAUGGUUGGGGAAGAUGCUUUACUAACCUGCCAGCUUCUCCCCAAGAAGACUGUGAUGCCCACAAAGGUGACAUGGUACCGCAUGGAUCCCAGCACACCUGUAUUUACACUUCUGGAUGGAUCUGAGGUGACAGAGAAGCAGCUGGAGGAGUACAGAGGCCGGGUAGAGUGGAUAGACGAUAACAUUGCUGAGGGUCAGGUGAUGCUGAAGAUACAUAAUAUCCAGACAUCUGAUGAUGGACAAUAUUGGUGUCGUUUCCAAGAGGGGGACUACUAUGUAGAAACUAGCUUGUAUCUCAAAGUAGCAAAUCUGGGCUCUGCCCCCAGCAUUCACAUAGCAGGAUCUAUGGAAAGUGAAGUCCAGCUUCUGUGCACUGCAAAAGGCUGGUUCCCAGAGCCCAGGAUUUAUUGGGAAGCUAUCACUGGAGAGAAGUUGCUGACUUUCUCUGAGUGGAUCAUCCAAGAGGAAGAUGGCCUGUUUUAUGUGGAAGCCACUCAUGUGGUCAGGAACGCUUGUCCAGAGACUGUGUCCUGCUUCAUCCACAACCAUGUCCUCAGUGAGCAGAAGGACGUGACCAUCUCCAUUCCAGAAAAACUCCAGACAGAGCUCGCUUCCUUGAAAGUGAUUGGACCUUCUCAGCCCAUCCUUGUAAGAUAUGGGGAAGACGUAGACUUGACCUGCUCCUUGUCCCCUAAGGUUAGUGCACAGGACAUGGAGGUGAGGUGGGUCAAAGACCAUCACUAUCCUGCUGUUUACGUGUACAUGAAUGGGGAUCACGUGGCCGGAGAGCAGAUGGAAGAAUACCGAGGGAGAACUACACUGGUGAGUGAUUCCAUCAACGAGGGAGCAGUAACUCUGCAGAUACACAAUGCCAGAACUUCAGAUGAUGGACAGUACCAGUGUCUUUUUGAAAAAGAUGGCGUCUACCAGGAGGCCAGAUUGAAUUUGAAGAUAGUAGGCAUGGGUUCAUCUCCAGUGAUCACCAUGGAGAAAGUGAAGGAUGGAGAAGUACAGCUGAUGUGUACUUCAGACGGAUGGUUCCCACAGCCCCUUGUGCAGUGGAAGGAUGUGGAAGGAAAGACAAUUCCAUCAUUUUCAGAGAUUCUGACUGAAGGAAGUCAUGGGCUAUUCCAAGUGGAGACACACUUAUUGAUCACAAACAGCUCUGUCGUGAAUGUCACCUGCUCCAUAAGCAACCCACUUCUCAGUGAGGAGAAAAUGACAAACUUUUCUUUUCCUGUGAAUGUGACACAGGAUCUACACACAGCUCACUAUGAAGAAAACAAGCCUAUGUGUUCUUCUUGUAAGAACAAAUAUUUGACAGCCGGUUCAAACCCUGGGGCCAGAAAACAUUUUGAAGAGUGA